UUAGAUUGCGGUUCUUGUCCAUUGCGUUCUGGAGUAUCAGUAUUACGACGUGUAUCAAUUUUCUUCCUGAUUAUCAAUCGAUACCGGUGCCGGGGACCAACGCCGUACAAUGAAAUUGAACGGUACAAGCGCACGCGUACCAUUUGCUAUCCAGUAGCGACCUGGGCCAGGUGGUUUUAAUCAGUGCAAACAACAUCCAGACCGGUAAAUUAUCAUAAUCAGUUAAAAUUUGGUUCGUAAAAGUUAGUUAGUAUUUAUUCCUCGAAACGACGUCUUUUUGACAUCGGUGCGGCGUGAGCGUCCCGUGAGUUCCCGGGCUUUUUUAUAUAGAAGUAAAUAAUUAAGACAGUGCAAUAUCGCGCAUGUUGGGCUGUGGACAUUUAGGCAAACUGUUGCACGGGUAAAAUUUUACGAGCAUCAAAAAAACAUGGAGAAGGCAAACAGUGAACCAAGGUCGCAGGAGCCCGAUGAUGUGCCACGGGUACGGAAUUUGCUGCUACGUUCGAUGUGUGCCGUUUACCUGAUGGCUUUUGUUGGAUUUUAUUGUCAAGCUGAAGGACUGUACGGAGAUGCGGGCAUUCUUCCGGCGAGCCGGAUUCUGGCUAAUGGUACGCUUAAGGAGCGGCUAAGUCUGCUCCAGCUCGGACCCUUCCUUGGACUGGGCGAUGGGCACGAGGCAAUUGAUUUGUUGUGUCUGGUGGGUGCAACCGUCGCCUUUCUCGGACUCAUCACCCGGGCCCAUUGCCGGCUGGUUAGCUUCAUCGUGAUGUGGUCGGUGUACUUUUCGCUGGUCCAGAUAUCACAGUCCUUCCGUCAGCAGGCCGAUCAUCUACUGCUGGAGGCCGGAUUCCUCUGCAUACUGCUUGCCCCGACCCGCCUAACCGAUCGUCGACAUCCGAUGGAGGAUAUCGCGCUGCUGCUACUGAAGUGGCUCGUAUUUCGAUUUAUGUUCGCUUCCGGCUCGGUGAAGUUAGCCAGCGGUUGUCCACUCUGGUGGUCACUGGAUGGGUUGAAGCGCCACUACGAAACGAUGCCACUGCCUACGUCCUACAGCUGGUACACGUAUCAGCUGCCGGAUGCGUUUCAUCGCGCCAGCACAAUCUACGUAUAUCUGAGCGAACUGGUCGUCCCGUGGCUGUUCUUCGCACCGAGCAAAGCGGUACGCCGUUUCGCCCUUUGGUGGCAUGUAUUCCUUCACCUAAACAUAAUCGGGUGUGGAAAUUAUGGAUUUUUAUCGCCACUUGUGCUAACCCUGCUGCUCACACUGUUGGACGACGAAGAUGGAAUAGUUGUAUGGCUGAACGAACGGAUUUCCGAUGAAGCACGACGAUCUUCACGUGGCAAGGGACAUAAUCAACCGAAAACUGUCGAUGCUGAUCGAUACGGUGGACGACUUGUAAAGGUGAUCGGUUUGCUGAUGAUCGCAGGAUCGUGGCUUUGUUUCAGCAUUGGAUCUUCGGACGAAGGUCAACUUACGUUUAAGCCAUCGUUUUCGCGUGACCAGUAUCUGAACUUUAUGCAAACGAUGAUACGAGCCGCACCGUUGCUUGUAUUUGUACUCAUGGUUAGAAAGUUCUUGAGGCUUCUCUCCUCCCAGGAUAGCGUGGGAAGUUUGGCCGAUGGUAUGCGACAAUUUUCGAAAAAUCUCGGUCUGCUCAUAUCCACCAUCGUUGCGUUCACCGUGUUCUUCAUGUCGAUUGUGCCACACUCCCGAUUGUUGCCGAGCACCUCCAUCACUUCGCCCGUGAUGACACGCGCCUACGGUGGUCUGCACAGCCUGUACGUGGUCAACCAGUACGGACGCCACCUAACGAAGAUGCGCCCGAUGAGGCGGGAAAUUAUUCUCGAAUAUUCGGACGAUCUUAACGGUACCUGGCACGAGUACGGCUUUCAGUACAAACCGUGGACGAUCGAGCGUACCUCAUCGUUACCGUACGGGUGGCUUUAUUUCCCACGGUUCGAUUUCAAAUUUUACGACGGUUCCGGUUCGAAAACCGAUGCACAGAAGUGGGUUUAUCCGUUGAUCCAACGGUUGCUCGAACAUCAGCGUCCGGUACUGGAUCUUCUCGAUGGGCAUCACAUCCCAGCGCAAGCACCGAAGUACAUCCGCACCUCUUUGUAUCGAUUUUCGUACACAUCGUUUGCGGAUGGUGAUUUCUGGACGCGGGAAAGACUGACCGACUAUUUCAACGUGUUCUCGCAAGACGAUACCCAUCUGCGGGAAAAGCUUAAACAGAUGAACUUCCGGCUGACGGUGGAACCCUCUAGUGGAUCGUGGAACUGGCUGUUGCGAUGGUUGCUGGAUGCUGUACGCCGUUUCGUCGGUGCCAUCGAGGGUAGCUAUCUGUUGGUGGGACUGUUUGUAGCUGCCGGUAUGCUUAUCUACACCCAGCAACAGCAACAGCGCACUGGUCAGUCGACUUAAACAAAACAGCCCUAGAGGAAAAAAGGGCAGCCAAAACGGUGUCAAUUGUAGUCAAAUUAUUGCAAACAAAAAACAAAUAAGCUAUCGAACGUUAUACGCACUGAGAAAGGAGUUUUCGCAUUUGCUGCUGCUGCACCAUUGCACACAGAAGAUCUCACCGUCUUUUUACUUCCUGUGGUGAUAAUACAAUACUGUAGUAGUCCCAUGCUGGAUGUGACCCAUAGGAAUAGUGUUACUGUGUUUUAUUUCCUGUUACGUUCGUUUUGUUUUUUAUUUCCCUCACAUUCAUUCCACGCUCCACGGCGGAGCAAAUAAAGAAACACACAAAGAAAUCACAAAAACCCAU